AUGCAUGACGAAGAACACGAUCACAUAGGCUCCGGCCCUUCGACACCACCAAACGGUUCGGCGACACCGCGUCCGGAUCUCCAUGACAAGAGACUUCCACAACUUGCCAACAGCUAUUUUGCACAGGUUCCCGACGAUGCUUCGUGCCGAACAAUUGCUAAUUUGAAUAUCGUACCUCAGAACACUCCCCCACAUACGCCGCGGACAGGAUCGUAUGCUGGCAAAUCCCGAGACGAAGACAACCUCCGCGCCAAAGCCGCCAAAACGAGCCGUUCAAGCUCCAAUGGCUCGCAUUCGAAGGCUACGAUCGGCCACCUAAAGGGUCAGCUCGAAAUCAGCAUCGAGGAGGCACGAGGACUCAAGCCGAGCUUGGACCCGUAUGUGGUUUGCAUCUUUCAGUUGAAUGAGGUCAUUUCGGGAGGCCCAAAGGGUAGUCAGGCGGACUCAGCAAUAGACUCAACACAGCCGGAUGAGGAGAACCUGGCGCGCAGUGUAGCGAUGAAGCGGUUGGGCAGCGGGUCUGGUACACCGAUGGCUAUUCCUGGGUUGCGAAGCAGACAGACGAGUCAGACGAAUAUCGCUGGCAUGCGUCGCGGAUCACGACAAGACGCAAGCCAACCGAACACCGAUCCCAAUAAUGAGGUGGACAUCUCGGUUUACGAUCGCGCGACCAAUGAUUCUUUCCUCGGUCACAUUCGCACACCACUCAACCUCAACGACUACAACCAUCAGCACGAAGGGUGGUACAAGCUGGAGUCAAAGGAGGGCCAUACAGAGACCGUGACGGGCGAGAUACAUUUGAAAAUUGCAUUCCACGCGACUGGCAAAAAGAGCUUUGGACCGGAAGACUUUGAGAUCUUGAAGCUUAUUGGCAAGGGUACAUUCGGGCAGGUCUUCCAGGUCCGGAAGAAGGACACAAAACGAAUCUAUGCUAUGAAGGUCCUGUCAAAGAAAGUCAUCGUGCAGAAGAAGGAGAUCCAGCACACCAUCGGCGAGCGGAAUAUUCUCGUGCGAACGGCCACCACCGAGUCGCCGUUCAUCGUUGGUCUGAAAUUCUCCUUCCAGACAUCAGCAGACCUAUAUCUCGUCACGGAUUAUAUGUCUGGAGGGGAGCUCUUCUGGCAUCUGCAGAAGGAGGGUCGCUUUGUCGAAGAGCGGGCCAAGUUCUAUAUCGCCGAGCUGAUCCUUGCUCUGCGUCACCUUCAUCAGCACGACAUUGUCUAUCGCGACCUGAAGCCCGAAAACAUCCUCCUCGACGCCAAUGGACAUAUCGCCUUGUGCGAUUUCGGUCUUUCCAAGGCAAAUCUGGCCAAGAACGACACGACUAACACUUUUUGCGGAACCACAGAAUACUUGGCUCCGGAAGUCCUUCUUGAUGAACAAGGUUACACCAAGAUGGUGGAUUUCUGGUCUCUCGGCGUCCUCGUCUUUGAGAUGUGCUGCGGCUGGUCGCCUUUCUAUGCCGAAGAUACGCAACAGAUGUAUAAGAACAUUGCAUUUGGCAAGGUUCGGUUCCCGCGGGAUGCGCUGUCACCAGAUGGUAGGGCCUUUGUCAAGGGAUUGCUGAACCGCAAUCCUGCACAUCGCUUGGGUGCCAAAAACGAUGCCGAGGAGCUGAUGGCGCAUCCCUUCUUUGCGGACAUUGACUGGAAUGCGCUUUCACGGAAACUCACCCAGCCACCGUUCAAGCCCAAACUCAAGGACCAAUAUGACGUCUCCAACUUCGAUCCCGAAUUCACCAACGCCCUCACCGCUGGUCCCGAAGCAUCUUCUCUCAACGCCCGCGCUGCCGCGAUCGCUUCAACUCACAACCACGACUCGACCCCGCUGUCGCCAACGAUGCAGAACCAAUUCAAGGGUUUCACCUUCGUUGAUGAGAGCUCGCUUGAGCAACAAUUCGGUGCGGAGAGAGAUGAUGAGGACGAUGAAGAUCUGAAUAACAGCCGGACGUUUGCGGGACGUAACGCGGGCAAUCGGAUGAGCGGCAUGGAUGCUGCGCGAGCAAAUGCGGACAACGGAGCCGAUGGGGAUUUUAAUCACGGGAUGCUUGAGGAUCUAUGA